AUGGUGAAAACCCGUCGCAGUAACGGAGAGAAUGGGGAGGUUGACGAGGGGAAUGAUACUCUUAACGACGUUGGCAGUGUCUCAGACGAGAAGGCAACUAAUUGGACACAAAGAGAAUUGAGAAGCAGUCAGUAUAAAGUUACUAGGAAAAUACAGCGUUGGCCCAACAAAUAUCGUCAACGCAGAGUGCGUGCCAUCAAGAUGUCUCGUAUCAUGUUCCCUGAAAGUGACACCGAACCAGAGAAGUAUUCUAAGCGUUCUAGAAAAGUGCGCGUAUUCUUUGCCGAAGACAAUGACACGAGCAACCGCAGCGUGACCAUUCGGCGUAGCCGUGGCCCGCGCAAGAAUUACAUCGAGGCGCACGAGACGCAAGAAGACAGCGAAGACAAACCUAUCCAACAAAAUGUGCGCCGCAGCGGUCGCCAGCGCAAGCUCCUACAUCACAACUUCAACGAGAGCUGGAUCACGAACGAGCUCAAAGUUAAAGGAUACCCAGAUUUAUAUGGAUUCGGAGGUUUCAGUUCUUCGGAAGAGUUUACAUCGGGAGACGAGGGCAGAGUUUCCACUAAAAGAUUGACACGCAGCCAUCCUCUACCAGCCAACAUGGACGAAGAUACACAAUUGUCACGACAAAGGCGAACCUCGGCGAGAUUCAGCAACAAAAAGACAGCCAAUGACGCGACGGAAUCAGAUACAGAAGACGAAAACAAUCAAACAGUGAUAGAGAAGAAGCCACCAACCAUUGUGAACAAAGACAGUAAGGCAGACGAGAAGAUGGACGCCGAGACAGAAACAAAAGAUGAACCUAAUAAUGAGGAGCAGCCCGUGAAAGAAGAGGACAAAGAGAGUAAUCAAGCUCCUGCAAGAUCUACUAGAGCUAGAAGAAGAAGACAGAAGAAAGGCAACAGCCAGGAAACAGCGUCAGAAUCGUCAUCAUCGGAAUCAGGCAGCGAGUUGACGCUGACGCGGCAGCCGCGUCGCUCCAAUCGCACCCGGCAAUCGAAACCGACGUUCGUGCAGUUGGGCCAGAGAGAAACACGAGGUAGAGCUAAAACUUUUACAAUCAGAAAGAAACCAUAUUGUUUGAGGGAGAGAAAACCCAAGAUCCUCAGGCGUAAAACAAUUAGAUCACAAUCUCCAACGUCAAGCACAAGUAGCAGCAGUUCAUCGUGUUCGGAUCUAGAGGAAGAUCUUAAUGUGUCCAUGAAAAACAAGUCCAAGGGCAGACAAAAGUCCAAAGCAGUAGACGAGAAGAAGACUGAUAGAGCAUUGAGGGAUAUACAACCGAUCGAAGUUGACGGAAGCGUUCGGUUUUCGUCGGUUGGCGGUUUAGAAGAACACAUAAAAUGCCUACGCGAAAUGGUACUAUUUCCGCUCAUGUACCCAGAUUUGUUUCAAAAGUUUAACACACGACCAGCAAAAGGUGUCCUGUUUCAUGGACCUCCGGGAACAGGCAAGACUCUACUGGCGAGGGCUCUUGCGAAUGAAUGUAGUCUGGUCGGCGGACGGAAGGUGGCUUUCUUUAUGAGAAAAGGAGCUGAUUGCUUGAAGAAAUGGGUCGGGGAGAGCGAGAGGAAUUUGAAACUUUUAUUUCAGCAGGCGAACAAAAUGAAGCCGUCAAUAAUCUUCUUUGAUGAGAUCGAUGCACUGGCGCCGGUGCGCAGCGUACGACAAGAUCAAGUCCACACCAGCGUCGUCGGCACUUUGUUGGCUGAGAUGGAUGGUCUGUGUGACAGGGGCGAAGUAAUAAUAAUAGGGGCUACAAAUCGCCUGGACGCAGUAGAUCCAGCACUGCGUCGCGCAGGGCGUUUCGACCGGGAGUUGCAUUUCCCACCGCCACACGCCUCGGCACGGAGGGAUAUAUUGGAUAUCUAUACAAAGCAUUGGAGCCCGAAGCCUAGCGAGGAGACUUUGUAUCACGUGGCACAAGUUACCAGUGGAUAUGGAGGCUCGGAUCUAAAGGCCCUAUGUUCAGAAUCAGUAUUAAAAGCUCUACGAAGAGUUUAUCCGCAAGUAUACGAAAGUGAACGAGCGUUAUUAAUAGAUGCUAAGAACGUGGAAGUGAUGAAACAGGACAUGCUAGACGCUAUGCGCAGUCUAGUCGCGGCGGGAGCGAGAACUUGCCCGUUGCCGGCCAAAAAGUUGCCGCAGCACUGCGUACCUUUAUUAAACGCACAGUUGCAAGCCGCUACGCAGAUGUUGAACGUUGCUUUCCCUGCUACUGAGGAUCGAAGAACAGGCCAUCAGUACACUCCGCCACCACCGCCACCCCGAGAAAGCGAGCAUGAGAUCGCUCGCCGCAAGCGCAAAGAAGACUACAAGUUGCGAGAACUGAGAAUUUUCUUGAGAGACAUUUGCCGAAAGCUUGCCUCUAAUCGGCGUUUCUACAAGUUUACUAAACCUGUGGAUUUGGAAGAGGUGAAGGACUACUUAGAUAUAAUAAAACAGCCGAUGGAUUUGGAAACAAUGAUGACCAAAGUGGACAUGCACAAGUACUACUGCGCCAAAGAUUUCCUUGACGAUAUUGAUCUCAUAUGCGCUAACGCAUUGGAAUAUAACCCUGACAGAACGUCGUCUGACAAACAAAUUCGGCACGAGGCGUGUUCCUUGCGCGACCAUGCACAUGCACUUAUCGACGUGGAAAUGGACAGUGACUUCGAGCUUGAGUGUCAGGAUAUUGCGAGCAAGAGACGGCAGAAGGGAGAACAAGCUGAUGCCGAUUUGCCAGACUUUAUUUAUACAGCUUCGAAUUUAUCUCAAUUUAACACACCGACUGGCGACAAGAACUGUCAAACUCCACACAACGGCGAGAAGAGUGACUGCCCCUCAUCUAAGCGCAAGCGGAGAAGAAUGAACGCGUGGUCCAAGGGGCAGGUGGCCAAGCGGCCGAAAACUACGCCAAAGAAUUGCAAAGAAACGAGCUUAGUAAUAACAGAUGAAGAAUCAAAAGAGAAUAAGCCUAUCACGUCCACACCUCUUCCUAACGGCGAGGCCAUGACGUCAUCAUCGGGGUCCGACGACGACGCACCGCUCCGUCGGCCGCAGGACGAAAGUGUAUUCAAUAUUACAGCACAGAGCGUCAAUAACCAUGUUUUAGAGAGACUUUUUCUUUGCAGUCCCACAAAGUCGGCAGAAAAGUCGCCGGCGAAAGCAUCACCAAAGAAGAGGAGUUCGGGCCAUGAAGUUCAUAGUGAUAUGGAAAAAGUACUGAUAAACAAGACUGAACUAGACAACGUACUAUACAAGAACACGAAGGCGUUACGCACUAUCGGCCUCGAGGCGUUAAUAGAGCUGCACGCGCAACUUACACGCGCCGUGAACGCGUAUGCAAACGAACGAGACCGCGCGCAGUUGCCGAACGAACUUAGCACCAUUGUUGGCAGAUACGUGCACCAGCUGGCAACGUGUAAAAAGUUUGGGAAAACUACCAUGUUUGAGCUGUUUCAUAGAGAAAACGUGCUUAAAUAUCCAGAACCUGCUGUUGCAAAGAGAAAUAAAUUAUUUGUAAUGGAUUUCGGGAAUCCCAUACUACCCAUUGAAGUUGAUAACAAAGUUCGAUUUUCUUCAAUAGGUGGCCUCAAAAAUCACAUACGAUGUCUCCGAGAAAUGGUCUUGUUUCCGCUUAUGUAUCCAGAAUUGUUCCGCAAAUUCAAUUCACGACCAGCGAAAGGUGUUUUGUUUCAUGGUCCCCCGGGCACGGGGAAGACGCUACUCGCGAGAGCUCUGGCCAACGAAUGUAGCCUGAUAGGAGGACGAAAGGUGUCCUUUUUUAUGAGGAAAGGAGCUGAUGUCAUGAACAGGUAUUAUGGCGAGAGUGAGAGGAAUUUGAGAUUGUUGUUUCGACAGGCAAGUAAAAUGAAGCCGUCUAUAAUAUUCUUUGACGAAGUGGAUGCUUUGGCUCCAAUUCGAAAUACUAGAGAUGGGCAGACACAUGCUAGCGUGGUUGCAACGCUGCUUGCUGAAAUGGACGGCCUUUGCGACAGAGGUGAGAUAAUAGUAAUAGGCGCGACAAAUCGUCCAGAUGCGAUGGAUCCAGCGGUCCGUCGAGCGGGACGAUUCGACAGAGAGCUAUACUUCCCACCACCGGAACACGAUGCAAGAAAGGAAAUCUUUCAGAUUCACACUAAAGAUUGGUCACCGUCUUUUAGCGAAACGACUUUGGAUCAGAUCGCCACGAUGACGACUGGAUAUCUUGGUUCUGACAUAAAAGUAUUGUGCUCUGAAGCAGUUUUAAAAGCAGUUAAAAGAGUUUAUCCUCAGAUCUAUGAGACUGAACACAAACUUUUGGUUGAUGCAAGAAACGUUCAAGUGACUAUGGAAGAUAUCCAGGCAGCGAUAGAUGAGGUGCUUCCAUCGGGAAACCGAAGCUGUCCUAUAGUUGUCCACAGUCUGCCACCAUACUGCGCGCCGUUGUUGCAAGCCCAGCUUGAUGCUGCAGCGAUAUUACUGAGAAAUGCCUUUCCUCCUCCUGGGGAAAGAAGUUCAGGUGUGUUCCUGGUUUGCGGAGAAUGUGCAGAAACUCAUUUCGUGCCCGCUCUUUUAGCCCAGUUAGAUCAUUGCUUGGUGAAAGAGCUAAGUGUCGCCACUUUACAUUCGGGGCGUUACAACUCUCCACAACAGGCGGUUAUUUCUGUGUUUGCAGACUGCCGUCUCUCUGAUCGAGCUUGCGUGAUCUUCGUUCCUGAUCUCUUGACUAUCUGUAGUACUGCAGAGAGCAAACAAGGAGCUGUGAUUUUACAACAGAUGUGGAAGACGAGACCGGUUGGGGACAAGACGCUGCUACUUGCCACUUGUAGUGACUUUGAGAAACUGCCACAAGAGCUGCAAGACAUAUUUCCUGCUUAUAAAGACUGCAUAUACAGAGUGCGCAUGCCAACUGAUUCUGAAGUGUUGAAUUUUCUCCAGCCUGUCAUGACGGAGUUGCCUUUAGUUCCGCCCAUCGUGUAUAAGAAGGAAAUGUAUCCUGAGUUACCUCGAGCUCCAGAAAAACCUGGUGAGAAUCCGGAACAGAUGGAACGGCGUAGGCGCCAUGAGUACGAGAACUUGCAGCUGAUGAAGGUUACGCUUCGCUGCAUUUGCAGGACGCUGUCAGCAGAUCGCCGUUUCUACAAGUUCACUAUGCCUGUCAAUUUGGACAUUGUGAAAGACUAUUUAGACGUGAUAAAGAAGCCAAUGGAUCUCCAAACGUUGUUAAGUAAGAUUGACUUGCAAAGAUGUUACUGCGCAAAAGAUUUCCUUGACGAUGUAGAUCUUAUUUGCGCUAAUUCGUUGCAAUACAAUUUGGACAGACAAUCUACUGAGAAGCGACAUCGUCAAGAUGUUUGUGCGUUGCAUUCAGACGCAUAUGCGUUGGUGGCAGAAGAAGUCGACACAAAUCUGGAGCUAGAAUGCCAGAUCAUCGCAAGGAGACGAGGGGAGACAGGCUUUGAUAGUGACGAUUUCAACUAUAAUGAUUAUAUUUAUUUUUCUAAAUUAGGUAGUACAUAUAAUCCGCCAUUUGCGAUAAAAGACGGAAAAAACAAAGGAGAAAGGAAGAGCUGCAAACGCCGAACAGAUAUUUAUUAUAAAGAAGAUAGUGUUCGAAAACGACCAAGGACUGCCCUAAUAUGUAAUCUGACCACAGAAGAGAGCAAAGUUGAAGGAACGACAUCCAGCCCCAACCCGCAGUUCCCCCACCAACCGCACAACCCGGAUAAUGAAAACAAACUGAUACCAAUAAAUAAUGACAAACAUCCCAUUAUUAAUUGCGAAAUAGGAAAGAAGAACUCUAUAACUGACAAGCAAAAUGAUGGUUUUGAAAAUACAAAAGUAAUGAUAAACAAAGCCGAGCUCGACAUGCUUUUAAACAACAACAUAGAUAGACUCCGUAGCAUUGGUAUAAAAGCGUUAUUAGAGCUACACUCUCAAUUGAGUCGUGUAGUUCACGCUUAUGCGUCUACGAAUGAACGUACUCGUUUGCCCACUGAAUUAGGUGCUAUUGUGACUAGGUUUAUGCAACUUGGUAAAUUGUGAUAGGUCUUCCGGUUAUUUGUUAACUUGUUAUAAACUAAUAAUUGAAAGGCAAUAUUUAAAAACAUAAUUAAAGUUUAGUAAUUUAU